AUGGAGGAAGCAUUGAAACUGAAAGAGAAUGGUAACAAAUUAUUCAGUCAGGGCAUGUACAAAGAUGCAUCUCUAACAUAUAGCAAGGCUCUGGCUAUUGAAAAUGUUUCUGAUGACGAUAGGAUGGUCUUUCUGAAGAACAGGGCUGCUUGCUAUUUGAAGAUGUCUAAAUAUUCAGAGGCUAUUAUAGAUUGUUCAAAAGUUCUAGAAAGAUCUCCAACAGAUUCAAAAGCAUUAUUCAGAAGAUGCCAGGCCUAUGAGGGUGAAGGUCGUUUGGAGGAGGCGUACAAGGAUGCCAGACUGUUGUCCCAGGUGGAGCCGAAGAACCAGGCCAUCCAGCCCAUAUUGAGGAGGCUACACUUCGCCAUACAAGAUAAGGUAUCCAAACAAAUGAGCACUGACAACAGAGUAUCUCAGAUGUUUGACCUGGCCUUCAAAGGAAAGCUGGACAACGAUGAUGAUGACGAGAAGAGGAAGCAGGCAACAAACAACCUAAUCGUCCUGGCCAGAGAGCCAGCUGGUGCUGAGAAAAUCUUCAACAGUGGAGGGUCCAAGAAACUCAUCCAACUGGUUGACUUUGAGAAGGAUAAGGAGAUUAAAGUUACGGCUAUCCGGGUUCUUUCAUGUCUGGUUUAUGAGGAUAAAGUUAGAGCCCAGAAGAUUUUAGAAGAACUGACAUUAAAAAAAGUCCUCAUCUACAUCGGAUCCGACGACGAAAACAUCUCUACGGCCAUGACGCACUUCCUACAAAAUGUCAUCAACUCCCUCUCUAAACUUGAAGAUAUUAAGAAGGAGAGAGAGAAACAUGAAAAUGACCAAACGAAGAACUAUCUUGACACAACAUUCUUAAGACCACUGCUGCAGAGUUUAACGAAUGGAAAGUGUUCUAGUUUUGGUAGAGACAAUAUUAUGGAGUUGUUGAUCAAGUUUGUCACCAGGAAAGAUGGCGUUGGUUGGUCUGGGAAGUUCAUUGAAGUUGGAGGUAGGUGCAUACAGCAGGCCUUGACCGUGGCGGGUACAGUUCCAGAGAGUAAGGUACUCAGUGUCAGUACCAACAGUCGAAUGCACGUUUCGCUACUGCUGUCAAAAGUCUACGAAGACCUCAUCAGUGAUCAGGAGAGAGAAAAAUUCCAAGAAGCUGCUGAAGCUUAUUUCCUAGACCUCUUUAAAGAUGAAAUUGUUGAUUCGAAGUUAGAAGCUGUUCUGGCACUGGCAGCCUUACUUCAGGGUGCGCCGACCGUUGGGAAUUCUAUUUUAUCUAGGGAGGGAGUCUUGGACAUCAUCCUCGCAAUGGCUGAUUCUGGAGAUGCCAUCUACGUGAAAUACGCCGUUGAAGCUCUUGUCCAAUCAGCGUCUAAGAAAGAAAAAUGUUCUGGUGUCAUUAAACAGGCCACGCCUAUCUUGAAACAGCUCUACCAGUCGUCUCAGGACGCUGUUAAAGUCAGAGCUUUAGUGGGCCUGUGUAAGCUCGGAUCGUUUGGUGGUGAUGAUGCGAGUGUGAAGGCAUUUGCCGAUGGCUCCAAUCUCACCCUGUCCAAAGCUUGCAGGAAAUUUUUAUGCAACCCGACGAAAGAUGUGGACCUGCGAAAGUGGGCAGCAGAGGGCCUGGCCUACCUGACCCUAGAUGCCGAUGUCAAAGAAGAACUGGCCAACGAUCUCAACUCCCUCAAGUCACUUAUCGAUCUUGCCAAAGUUGUUGUGCCAGACAAGGGCAUAUUGUACCCUGUGGCCCAGAUCUUCGUCAACGUCACCAACUCGUAUGACAAAAAAGAAAUUGACCCCGAAUUACUAGAGCUAGCUAAGUACGCCAAGCAACACAUACCAGAAGAGCAUGAGAAGGCACUUUUUAGUUUGCUUGACAAAGAGCCCUGUAUAUCGCAACGCGUGACAAAGUUAGUUAAGGCGGGGAUUGUGAAUGCCCUGGUGGCAUUUUCGAAAUCUGAAAGUGAAAGUAGCAACGAACUUUUAGCCAGAAUCUACUUGGCAGUUUGCGCCAAUGCUGAUCACAGAGGUCUCGUUGUACAGCAAGGAGGUGUCAAGACACUUCUCCCAUUGGCCAAUGAAGGCACGGAGGCGGGAAAAAUCAAGGCCAGUCAUGCCCUUGCUAAGAUUGCUGUCACUCAAAAUCCGGACAUUGCAUUCCCUGGACAGAGAUCAUGUGAAGUAGUGAGACCCCUUCUGAAGUUACUGUCCAUUGAUAGGACGGCUUUGGAAAGUUACGAGGCCCUGCUGGCACUGACCAAUUUGGCUUCUUCCAGUGAUGCUGUCAGAAAACGAAUCGUGCAAGAGAAAGGCUUCUCAUACAUCGAGCACUUCUGCUACGAAGACCACGACCAGCUCAAGUUGGCUGCCACCGAGUGCUUAUGUAACCUCGUGCAAAAUGACGAGGUCGCCAAGAUGUUCCUGGGUCAGAACGACCGAGUAAAAUUAUUCGUCCUCUUCUCGGGCUCAGAGGAGGAUGAGAAGUUAGUGAUGGCGUCUUCGGGCGCACUUGCAACCCUGACCUUUGACCCUGCCAUCUGCCGAAAGGUCAUCGAGAGCACAAAGCAGUGGUUCGAAAUAAUGCAAGGCUUGUUAGCGCACGAGAAUCCAGAGAUACAACACCGAGGUACCUUCAUAAUAUACAACAUGAUGUGUGCUGACAAAGAGAUGGCCACGCGUCUCGUGGAGAGUAACAUGCUGGAAGUGCUGAUGGCAGUCUCAAAACUCGAUGAACCGGAGCGAAAAAAUGCCCGCCAGAUGGCAGAGAAGGCCCUGAAGCAAGCGGAAGAAUGGGGUCUCGUUACCCACGUUGCUGAUGGCGGUGAGACCCAGAGGAAGUGACCUAUGAUGACGUAACCAAUUGUUAUGAUGACGUAACCAAUUAUUUUGAUGACGUCAUUGAUGAUUGAAGAUUUAGACUCACUGUAUUGAGGAGUUGGAAUUGCUGUGUUGUAACCUAACAUUUGUCGUGUUACUGUGUCAAGCUGCGUUUUUGUUUUUAAAUUAAUUUCUUUUUCUCGUUUUUGAGACUUGCAGUGUGCCUUGAAUGAUUAUUAUCUAAAAUUGUGAAAAAUAUUUUUAUCGAUCGUGAUUUCUCAGAAAAGUGUCCAAGUGUUUUAUACUGUGUCCGUCGUUAAUCAAUCAAUUAAUUAAUUAACCAGUUAAUUAAUUGACUGAUUUAUUUAUUUAAUUUUUCUUUUCUGUUUAUUGCGUUAAUGUUUAUUAUUCUUGUUUACAUUUGUUUUUUAUCUUGAAAAAAUAUGACCAAAAACACAAAAA